GUGUGGGGAUGCUCUGAGCUCAGCACCGGGCGUCUCUCCUUCUCUCGCCGCUCCUUCUUCCCCUCCUGCAGCAACUUGAUACCCUCCCGGGUGCGACCCCCCUCCUCCCCCCAACAAGGGUGUAGAGGGGGGGUGGGCAAAGACACCCACCCCCUACACAUCCCCACCCACGCACCCCUUUUGUGUGGCUGAGUCCCCUCUAGAGAGCGUGCGUUGUGUGUGUGUGUGUGUAUUGUGUGUGCAUUUCCUACGACUCUCCCAGGCUUCCACCGAAAGACAGAAGUCGGCUCCACCGGCACCUCUUACCAGGAAAAAAACCCACAAAAUUUCAAGUGAAGAAAAUUGAGAUUCAGAGAGGAAGACCAAUCCUGAGUUCUCCAUCCCCACAAAUUGAAUUGGCACCACUUUGCCUAAGCAAAGUGGAGUUCUGAUAGAGGAGUACAGCAGUCCAAGAAUUUAUAAAGUCAACACUUCUCCAGGACCUAAAAUGGUGGGUGAGAGUCAUCAUGAGGCCUUGGCAGCUCCUGCAGCAACAACUGCUGCUGCUCUUCUAUCCAGUAAUGUCACGGAAUCAGCCAGUUCGGGAGAAGGAAAAGAAGAUGCAUUUUCCAAGCUAAAGGAGAAAUUCAUGAACGGGUUGAAUAAAAUUCCAUUACCACCAUGGGCCUUAAUAGCUAUAGCCAUAGUAGCAGUCCUGUUAAUUCUUACCUGCUGCUUUUGUAUCUGUAAGAAAUGUUUGUUCAAAAAGAAGAACAAGAAGAAGGGGAAGGAAAAGGGAGGGAAAAAUGCCAUAAACAUGAAAGAUGUAAAGGAUUUAGGCAAAACCAUGAAAGAUCAGGCCCUUAAGGAUGAUGAUGCUGAAACCGGACUUACUGAUGGAGAAGAGAAAGAAGAACCCAAAGAAGAGGAGAAGCUUGGGAAACUCCAGUAUUCCCUGGAUUAUGAUUUCCAGAAUAAUCAGCUUAUGGUAGGGAUUAUUCAGGCAGCUGAACUGCCUGCUUUAGAUAUGGGAGGUACCUCUGAUCCUUAUGUCAAAGUGUUUCUGCUGCCUGAUAAGAAGAAGAAAUUUGAGACCAAAGUCCACAGAAAAACUCUUAACCCUGUCUUCAACGAGCAAUUUACUUUCAAGGUGCCAUACUCUGAACUGGGUGGAAAAACUCUGGUGAUGGCAGUUUAUGACUUUGAUCGUUUCUCUAAACACGAUAUCAUUGGUGAAUUUAAAGUUGCCAUGAACACAGUGGAUUUUGGUCAUGUCACUGAGGAAUGGCGGGAUCUGCAAAGUGCUGAAAAGGAAGAGCAAGAGAAGUUGGGUGAUAUCUGCUUCUCCCUCCGCUAUGUGCCAACAGCUGGCAAACUGACUGUUGUGAUCCUAGAGGCAAAGAAUCUGAAGAAGAUGGAUGUGGGUGGUUUAUCAGAUCCCUAUGUGAAGAUUCAUCUGAUGCAAAAUGGCAAGAGGCUGAAGAAGAAAAAGACAACAAUUAAAAAGAACACUCUCAAUCCCUACUACAAUGAGUCUUUCAGCUUUGAAGUACCAUUUGAGCAAAUUCAGAAAGUGCAAGUGGUGGUAACUGUUUUGGACUAUGACAAGAUUGGCAAGAACGAUGCCAUCGGCAAAGUCUUCGUGGGCUACAACAGCACCGGGGCUGAGCUACGACAUUGGUCAGAUAUGCUGGCCAACCCGCGGCGACCUAUCGCCCAGUGGCACACCUUACAGGUCGAGGAGGAGGUGGAUGCCAUGCUGGCAGUCAAGAAAUAAAGAA